AUGUAGUCUAAGAUAGACACUAGAAAUAAUUUACUAAUCACUAUCUAUAUAAACUAAAUCAACAAACAAAUAGAUUCUAAGCUAAUUUAAUACAUAGACCUCUAUUUAAGAAUUAAUGUAUAAAAUCAAACUUUCCCAGCUUUAUACAAACUUUUAAGUAUCUAGAAAUCAAUAAAUGAUGAUGAUUUGAUGACAUUCCAGUAUCUAAAAUCUAUGAUAUUCCAAAAAGCAGAUGAGUAGGAAUAAAAGAAAAGCAGAGAUUAUCUCAAUUUAGAUUAAAUUCUAAGGAUAGAUGAACUGUUUGUUAAAUACAAAAAUAAUGUCCUCUAAACUUCUCUUACGAUUGAAAGAUUCUGGACUGAAAUUAGUAAAACUGAUUAUAUUGUAAUGAACUUGAUAGCAUUAGGAAACACAAUAGUAGAGUAAUAUCUCUAGACAAAAUAAAUAUUUGAAUCAAUCAUUGAAAAUUAGAACGACAAUGAGGAAGCUGUAGUAAUUCAUGUAAAAUUUCUUGAAAAAAUCAUGAAUUUUGAAUUGGAAUCUCAAUACUAUAGCAACUUGCUCAACAAUAUCAGGUAAAAGUUAUCGAUUAAAAAACAAAGCCAUUAUUUGCAAAACUAAGAAUAGCAGGCAAUUAUUUUGGUUUCCUGUUUACCUACAUAAACAAAUAAAAUACUAUAUGUGAACAAAACAUUCUAUAAAACUCUGGGCUAUAAUCAAGCUAAAGAUAUUUAAGACAGACCAUUGAGUGCAGUUAUACCUAGGGAAUAUGCAGAUUCUCAUGAUAAAAUAUUAGAUAGAUUUUUAAAUAGAAUUCAAUUUCAAUCAAACUUUGAGAAAUCCCAACGAAGAGUUUGGAUGCUAAAGAAGGAUCUUACUAUUUUGGCUGGAUAGAUUGAUACUGUUCUCAGAAUUUCACAAAAGGAAGAUCUUGUAAUUUAAGGAAUUUUCAAUUCUAGCAAUGAAAUUAUAACUCCUAAUUUUACUUUUAAUCUUAAAGAGGCUCAAAUAUUGCUUUGUGAUGAGCAAGGUAUUAUCAUGAAUUCCUCGAGAUCCUUUAUUGAUAAAUUUAUUGACACAGAUUUUUUUUCAUUUGACGAUGCUAGAAUAUUUGUUCAUGAUGUCAUCAUUGAACUUUCAAAAUUUACAGAUAUUGAACUUAAAGAGGGAGUACAAGCAUAAAUGAUAAAUAAAAUCUCGUGUUCAUAAUAUAAAACAAAAAAUAUGAGCGAAAACUAUCUAGAUAUUUUUCUUUAAUAGAAUAUCUAUAAUUUGCCCAAUAAGAUGAUAAUCAAAGAGUAUAUUAUACUUGUUCAAUCAGAUUUCUAAACUAAUAACAAAAAAAGAAUGACAAAGAAAAUUUUUAUGGAUGAGGAGGAGAAGUAAAUUUAAAAAUGA